AUGUGCGCGCACCUGGCGCUGCCCCCGUACCAGGCGCACCCCGGCGGGGCUGGCAUGGGGUACCUGGAGUUUUACUGGAACUCGGCGGGGGAGGCCGGACAAGCCCCCACGGCGGCCGGGCCUGCGGGAGCCGCCGGGGCUAGGCAGUCUCCGGAGGCAGGAGGGAGGAGGCACGCAGCAGAAGUAUCCCCACCUUCAUCCAGUUCUGGGAAUUUCAGCCAAUUCACACCAGAUUCAGCCACCAGUCCACAUUCAUCAUCCUCGUCCCCACAGCCUACAGCUAAGUCUCAGAAGGGCAGAGAAAAUGGCAUGGAGGGGCUGAGGAAGACCAAGAGCCGUACAGCUUUCUCCAAGGAGCAGCUGCAAACCCUGCACCAGCGCUUCCAGAGCCAGAAGUACCUCAGUCCCCAGCAGAUCCGGGAGCUGGCUGUUGCCCUGGGGCUCACCUACAAGCAGGUGAAGACUUGGUUCCAGAACCGGAGGAUGAAGCUGAAGAGGUGCCAGAAGCACAGCCUGUGGAGUGAACGGGCUCAGUGCCUCACGCAAAGUGGCUUCCAGACCAGUACCUACCUGGAUGUGCACCCCAAAUUCCACCAGGGCUACCCCAUCACUGCAGCUGGCAACAUCCAAACCAUGCCUGCCCCCCGUCAGCACUAUGGAACAGGGCAGAAUGCUUACACAAUUGUGACCGGCGAGGAUGGAGGAGUCUUUGGCAAAGGCGGGGGGACCUGCAGUGUCCAGCAGACAGUGGGCUUCAUUGCCCAGCACAAAGUAGACUUUUACCACAGCUGUCCUGGCAGUGUGGAAUAUCCAGCCUCAAAGACAGGUGAUGGCUGUAAUUUUCACCACUCAGCCACAAUGGGGGCUCCUUUCCCAACCACUGCCAGCCAUCAUCUUUAUCACUCCUAAGCACUGUGGAUGUGGGGUACUUGGGCAAAUCUUGUUCUCAUUUCUCCCUUUGUUAUUUGUGUGCAGUCCACCUCAGGGACACCUUGUAGCUAGAACCUGUUUUAGCAUCCAAAUCUGUGCCUGCAGACACACAGCCGUGCAGAUACCCGUUUGCCCUGGUACGCACACACAGCCCUUCCUUUCUGUGCCCGUACAUGUGCACACACACACUCCUUCCUUGACUGGCACAGGCAAACAAGCUCCCUUAUAGCAAAACCCAAGAUCUGGCUACCCAGCUUGUGCCCUCAAUCUUCUUAAUGAUGGAUCUUGUAACUUGUCUUAGAGGAAGCACAGAUUCCUUUGGGGAUCUCAUUUCUAUGUAUCACUGUACAGUUUAUGCGUGCAUAACACAUGAAGCCAGGGGCUGUACGGAGAGGUGCUGGUCAUGUACCUUUAACUGAAGUUGGAGAAGUUAUUGCCGUGUGCCAGUUAUCCAUCUGAAGUGCAGGCCAUCAGUUCUGUAUGUCAGCCAUGAGGUGAAGUGAUGAAGUGUUUAAUGGAGAUGUGACAAGCAGCUUGCAGAAAGGCUGGUAAGAUGAUCUUUUAAGCCCUUCCUUCUAGUCUGUAUCUUCCUGUGCCUCUCCU